AUGACGGAAUAUAUUGGCGAAAGGUCAAGAACCGGAAGUAGCGAUGAGAGUGGAACUUACGACGAAUGGAUUCCAUCGUUCUGCCAUCGUUUUGGUCACGAAUAUUUCUGCGAGGUCCCCACUGAAUUCAUCGAAGACGAUUUCAAUAUGACUGGACUUGCCCAAGAAGUGCCACACUACCGCAAAGCUCUCGAUCUUGUGCUCGAUCUUGAGGCCAUGAGCGAUGAAGAGGGUCAAGAUACAGAAGAACCGGUCAGUCGCAGCAUAAUUGAACACGCAGCAGAGCAGCUAUAUGGACUGGUGCAUGCCAGGUACAUUCUUACCAAACCAGGUCUUCAAGCCAUGGCCGAAAAAUUCGAUCAUAAGGAAUUCGGAAUCUGUCCUCGGUACUAUUGUGCAAGUAUGCAAAUGCUCCCCUGUGGGCUUACAGACACAUUAGGAAAAAUGACAGUGCGUCUGUAUUGUCCAAGUUGCGGAGACCUCUACCUCCCGCAGUCGUCACGUCAUCUUUGUUUGGAGGGCGCAUUUUGGGGUACAUCGUUCCCGGGCGUGUUUCUCAAGCAUUUCAAAGAGCUCGAAGACUACGUAGAUCGGAAGACUAAAGACACUUAUCAGCUAAAGGUUUUCGGGUUCAAAAUAUCGGAUGAGGCACCGUCGGGUUCUCGAAUGCGCUGGCUCAGACAGUACCCUAAAACGGAUGAUGAGUUGUCAGAGCUUGGAAAAUGCGAAUUCGAAAUUCCACAGGUUCGCUAA